AUGGGGUGUGAAAACCAAACAGUCUGGACUGAAUUUGUCCUCUUGGGCAUUCCAUACCCUCAACAGCUCUAUACCCCCUUAUUCCUCUUCUUUCUGCUUGUCUAUUUCCUGUCUAUAACUGGGAAUAUUCUGAUCCUAUUGACUGUGGCAUCUAAAUCUGACUUGCACAAGCCAAUGUACUGGUUUCUCUGCAAUUUAGCUAUCAUGGAUAUUGCAGUAUCCACCGUAGUAGUCCCAAAGGUGAUGGAUGGGUUUGUGGAAGGAGGACGGAUCAUUUCUUUUGGAGGUUGUCUGACCCAGCUCUUCUUCUACCACUUUCUGAGCUGUUCUGAGUUCUUCCUCUACACUGUCAUGGCCUAUGACCGCUUCCUUGCCAUCUGUAAGCCUCUUCAUUACAACACCAUAAUGAAUCACAGAAUGUGCUUCUGUCUUUCCUUGGGCACAUGGUUGGGUGGAUGUCUGCAUUCCAUCAUGGUUACCUCCCUCUCCUAUGGCUUGCCUUAUGGACCUAAAAAUGAGGUGAACUUCAUCUUGUGUGAAAUUCUUUCCGUGUUGAAAUUGGCUUGCUCAGACACUUGGUUCCAGGAGAUAUUUACCUUGGUUGAUAUUGGUUUAGUAGCCAUCUUCUGUAUCUUCUUCAUUGUAAUGUCGUACAUGUAUAUUGUCUCUGCCAUUUUGAAAAUCCCCUCAGUUGAAGGACAACACCGGGCAUUCUCUACUUGUACUUCCCACCUCAUUGUGGUGAUGAUCUGCUAUGUGCCUGCAGCUUUCAAUUAUUUGAGAACAGGGACUCUGGAUCUUCUAAGUGGGGUGAUAGCCCUUUUUUAUACCACCUGGACUCCAUUCCUUAAUCCACUCAUUUAUACAUUAAGGAACAAGGAGAUGAAAGAUGCAAUGCUGAGGCUGAGAGAUAGGGUUAGGGGACUUUAA